AUCAGCCAUUGCAGUGCCUGGCUUUCGGCCGUCUCUGUUUUCCUGAUACAGCCUGCGAUUGCCGUCGACUUCCGGCGGCAGGUAAUCCGAAUUUGAAGAUUGACAUAUCAGUCAUUCUGCUUCUGUACUGCCACACUCUUUCAAUUUCUCCAUCAAAAUUGCGAUCCAUCCCAACAUUUGGAGGAUUUGAAUGAUUUUUUUUGGUUUAAAGUGACAUAUUUCCAUGCUUUAGUUCUUUCAAGAUAGAAGUUUGAGAUUGAGGCAUACAUCCAGUGCAGAUUUAAGCUUAUGGAUCAUCAUUCUGUUCAACCUCCUCCCCCUGGAAUCCAGUCUCUUUCAGUUUCUUCAUAUCUCAUACCAGAAACUGCACAUUCCAUCCAACCUGUUCAAAAUACUGAUAAUAUCAAAAACGCUGCCCCCUCUUCUGAGGGAAGCCUUUUUCCUAUCCUCCCUCCAAAUGGAAUUGGAUUUUCACAUGCUGAAAGCUUUCAGAUGCCAAAUAGCUCUCAAUCUGAUCAGGUACUCAAAAAAGGUAGUUUUGAAGUUUCAACCGAGAUCACAUGCCCCACCACGUCUUCCAGAUUGUAUUCGAGUGGAUCUUCAGUACAAUCAGAAAACAACUUCGACAUUGAGAAUUCUGUUCAAAGUGUUGUUUUGCGUGAACAGGAAAUUGCGACUCAAAAAGUUAUACAAAGUCAGAGAGAAGCAAGAUCCAUCAGUGAACAUACGGAUAACAAAGACCUUUUCUCUGGCUGUCAUGACCCCAAUACUUUAAAGGAGCAUUUACUGAAAAUGACCGCAGAACAUCGUACUGAAAUGGCCUUGAAGCAUGGAAGGCCCGUGUUUCCUAAAGAAGGCAAUUUGGAAAUUGGCAAUGGGUAUGGUGUCCCUGGUGGCGGUGCUUAUUACGGUUCUAUGAAGACAAGCGCCACUACCUCUAAAGAUGCUAUCCAUGGACAUACAACAAAUGAAUCCAACACAGAUCGCAGUGGGGAUCCUGGAUGUAAUUCUGCAACUAAAGAGUUGCCCGAAUAUCUCAAAAAGAAGUUGAGAGCUAGGGGUAUUCUGAAGGAUGAACCAACAGUGGGUUUUGCCACCCAAUCCAAUAGAUCAGAGAUGUCACAAUCUCAGCAGAUGCCACAUUCAGAAUUACCUCCAGGGUGGAUUGAGGCCCAUGACCCUGCCAGCGGUGCAGCAUACUAUUACGAAGCCAGUACAGGAAAAAGUCAGUGGGAAAAGCCUGUGGCUGCUUCUGUUUUGAUGUCAACAUUAUCUCCACCGGUUCUUGAAAAUUGGCAAGAGCUCAUUGAUGAAGCAUCAGGUCAAAAGUAUUACUUUAACACCUUGACCAAUGUAUCUCAGUGGGAGCACCCGUGCACCUUGAAGCAGAAUGGCUUACAACUGCAUAGUGCAAAUAGAACUACGAAUGUCGGUGAACAAUCAUGUGCAUUACCAAAAUGUAAGGGAUGUGGUGGAUGGGGUGUGUCCCUUUUGCAAUCAUGGGGAUACUGCAGACACUGCACUAGAGUUCUUAACCUUCCUCAGAAUCAGUAUCUAUCGGAAAUUACGGAAAGCAAGCAGCAUACCAGUACUUCAGCUCGGAUGGAGGAUGAGAAAAAAUUUCAGAAGCAGAGGUCUAAUUUAAAACCACCCACGGGAAAAGGUAACCGGAAGCGUGCGUACACUGAGGACGAAGAGUUGGAUCCAAUGGACCCAAGCUCUUAUUCUGAUGCCCCUAGGGGUGGUUGGGUUGUGGGACUGAAAGGAGUGCAGCCACGAGCAGCCGACACAACAGCCACGGGCCCGCUCUUUCAACAGCGACCGUAUCCAUCCCCCGGUGCAGUGCUACGGAAAAAUGCUGAAAUUGCUUCGUCACAAAAGCAAAAGCCGAAAUGCAAUCAUCCGAUGGCGGCAAUAUCAAAGAGAGGUGACGGCAGUGAUGGACUGGGCGAGGCCGAUUGAACCAAUUGUGAACCUUUGUCGGUACGAACACUGUGGGUUAAUGGAUGUGCAAGAAAGACGAUGUCAUAUUGGCAUUCUUUACGACUCAAUCUGAACCUUAAUCAGGAAAUGCUACUACCCAGCACUCACUCUUAAGACCUCACCCCUAUCUCCAGUGUCUCUCGGAAAGGCUAUAUCUUAGAAGCCUAUAGAAAUAAACAAAGAAUGAGUUGUAUAGGGAGGUGAUGUAAUGGUGAGGCUACCUAUUUUUAAUUUAUGUGAAAUUAGAGAAAUGUGUCUAUUGACUAACAUCGGCUCCAAUUGGAAUUUGACCCACUGGGCUGCUAAAAAAAUUGUUUCAUUAGU